AGAGCCCCGAGACAGGGACAGGGGACGGAUCGUACGUACGAACACGAAGAAAGAGAAGUGACCUUCUUCUCGCUGUGUUAUCAAACAUUUUUUAUUCGCGCCUAUGGCUAAAUCGUUGACUCGCGUGCAGUUCCGUCCAAUCCUCGGAUUUUCAUAAUCAUUAAUUGGUUCCAUUUAAAAACUAACGAAUCGUCAGUUAUCCGGGAUUUUCGCGGUAGUGAAUUGAGCGAACCGUGUCGUGGUCGAGCUCGUUGAAUCCAGUGGUGUUUUUGGUCGGAUAACAUCGAGAUACACAGAAUUUGGUAGCUUCGAAAAGAAAGAGGGUGGAUAAAUCUUAGCGAGCAGUAUGCGGACGAGAGGGGGCUUCGAAUCAAUGGGAAAAAGUUUGAGAAAGAAGAUGCCCUGAUGACAGCCUCGAGGACUCGGGUAAACAAGUCGCGCCACGGAUCUCAUCCGAGUCCCCUCGUCGAAGGAUAUUUCCGUGGGAUUAAAGGCCCUUGCCGGCUAAGAUUGGGCCCAACCUCCGGCGUUUUUAUCCCGGAAAAACGGAGAGAAAGAGAGAGGAACUUUAGUGUUAUUCUACAGAGUGUUGAGUGCGCGUAGGUGCGUAGUGCUUACGAUCGGAGUGUCCUCCCUUUGCGGGCCUUUCUCAAUCGUUUAACCACAUAAUUUGAGAACCUCGUGUUCGCCGCUACAGAGGACUUUGACACGAAUAAUAAGAGAGCAAACGCCGCGACAUGUCGGCGUACGCUCAAUUCGGAUACUCCUAUCCGUCGGCCUCUCAGUUGUUGGUGAGCGGCGGACAGCCGACGACGGCAACGUCACCGGCAAUGUCCUCGGGUGGUGGAUUGAGUCCGGGCGCCCUGUCGCCGUCAUCGACAGCGACAACGACGACGACGACCGGUGGCGCGGGAGGGACCGGUACCGGUGCAGGUACACCAGGAGGAGCGACCGGUGGUGGUGCGAGCACCCCCGUUGGUAGCGGAGGACCUCCUGGCACCGCUUGCUGUGAAAAUGGCAGGCCGAUGAUGACCGAUCCCGUUACCGGUCAAACCGUGUGCUCCUGUCAAUACGACAGCGCGGCGAGGCUCGCGCUCGGCGCUUAUCCUCGACUCGCACCAAGCGCCACUUCGUACUCGUCUUAUCCGACCCCGACCCCAUCCGCUACCGAUCAAACGCCGUAUCCGAGUAUCGGUAUGGACAGCUCCGCCUUUUAUUCACCUUUGGGUAAUCCGUAUGGACUGAAGGACGCGACGGGAAUGGGAAUGACGGCGGAUAUGGGCAGCGCAUGGGGCACGGCGGCGCUCCAGCCAGCGGCGACUGGAUACUACCCUUACGAUCCAACCCUCGCAGCCUACGGAUACGGAGCCGGCUACGAUCUCGCAGCGAGACGGAAAAACGCUACGAGAGAAUCGACCGCGACCCUCAAAGCGUGGCUCAAUGAACACAAGAAAAAUCCAUAUCCAACGAAAGGCGAAAAAAUAAUGCUCGCGAUCAUCACGAAGAUGACCCUCACCCAAGUUUCAACGUGGUUCGCGAACGCCCGAAGACGUCUCAAAAAAGAGAACAAAAUGACGUGGGAACCGAAAAAUAAAACGGACGAUGACGACGAUGCUGUCCUCACGGAUUCCGAGGAUAACAAGGACAAGGAGGAUAGUGUGGCUGACAGCAGAAGCGACAGAGUCGGAGAUGAAGCAAGACGAAACAUCGACGACAACGAACCUAUGAGGCACGUUAAGGCGGAACAUCUUCAGCACGACAAGGAUUUAGAAGACGACGAUGACCUAGAUCUCGAGGACGAUCACCAUCGCCGACCAGAACUCUCGUUUCACCACACGAUACAGCAGCAACAACAGCUGCAUCAUCAUCAUCAUCAUCAUCACCAGGGUUACGAGGAUCACCUGAAAGACGAAGUCGUCAAGUCCGAGUGCGGUGUCGUGGGCGGUGUUCCCAUACCAGCGACGAAGCCAAAAAUCUGGUCAUUGGCAGAUACCGCAGCCUGCAAAACUCCGCCACCUACGCAUCCUCAUCACCAGCAGUAUCAGGUACAUCAGCAUCAUCAACACUACGGUCUCCAACAGCAUCAGCAGCAUCAUCAACAUCAUCAACUGCAGCACCAGCAUCAACAUCCCCAUCAACAUCAUCAUCAUCAGCAGCAUCAACAGCAGCAGCAGCAACAACAGCAGCAUCAGCAUCAUUUAGCGGCGCAGGGACAUCAUCAGUCGCAGCAACCUUGGCUCGGUACGAGCGGAGGCGCCGGACUAAAUUCGUUUGCUCUGCCAUCGGCCGCUUCGAUGAGCCCAUCGGCCGCGGCGACCGCUCCUUAUUCCAGCGCGGCCACGAGAUACGGCGGCUUCUUGAGCUCCUCGACCGGUGGCCAACUUCACUAUAACCCCAACUCCUCGUCCGGCUCAUCCUCGAGCGCAUCUUCCUCAGCUGCGGCGGGGUUUCCCGAGGUUGGGACGGAUACACCGCCCCAGACACCACCGAAUAUGAAAGUCGGAACGCCGAACGGAGCGAUCCAAGCACCUCCGGGGGCUUAUUGCCCUGGUGGCGCGGCAACCACCGCUUCCAGUAGCAAUGUUACAUCGGCCCAUUAUCCCGGUACUGGCCACGCGUCCGCCUCCUCGACUGGCUAUUUAUCUUCGAGUUCGGGUUCAGCCAGUAGCGUUUCUUCCUUCUCCUCCCGACUCCAGGCAUCCCCGCACAAGGAUUUUUCGACGAUCAAUCAAAGCUCGUUGCUCCAUCAACAGAGCACCACUAAUUUGCCUGCCAAUGAAUCCACGACGGCGUUCAAACCUUUCUACAAGGGGUCACAGCCUAUGACCAGCGGUUUCGUUUCACCGGUCUAGAUCUCCGUUGAUCCUUUCCGUCACUCUCGAUCAGCAUGAUCAUCGAAUUACUCAACAGUAUCAAAACGGAGAAUGGGGGAGGACUAAAGGGACGAGCUUUAUACAGGACCAUAAACAACGCUCGCACCUUUGAUGGCCGAACGAAUGCCCCGAAAAAAGACAGGAGCACGAACGAGGCGAAAGGAAUUGUUCACGAGGAUAAAUGAGAAGUGUCGAGCCCUUGAAGACGCCGAGAAACAGCGUUGACUUCGAGAAUGAGAAAGAAUAAUAAUAAAUGCUGCGAUGAGUCACGGGACAGGCGGGGAAAAUAAUCGUGGAACCGGAAGCGCCGGAGAUUUUGUCGAAGUGGCGAUAGAGGGCAGUGAGGAGUAAACCUGAAUUAGGGGUAAGCCAGGGAACACGAGGCAAAAUAAAAAACAAAAGACGUUGAAAAAUUCUGUCGUAUGACGCGAGGGUGGAAAAUUGGAAAAUCUAAAGGUUACCAAGCUUCAAAAUUGCUGGGAAAAAGGGUGGGGUCGAGAACGAAACAAAUUAGAGAGAAAUGUGGUUAAACGGGAAAAGGCUCGAAGAGCCAACGGGCAAUGUGCAAAUACUUUGUAGCACCGUCGACGAACGAGAUAAUUAGAAAAAAAAGGUAGGAGAUAGAGAAAGAGAGAAAAUAUGAACUCGAUCGAGAAUCGCGGUUGCGAAAGGAUUUCUGUCGUACUAUUGACGCAACGGUAUAGAAAUAAUAAACAUAAUAAUUAUUAAGUUGAUGAUGUUUGUGUAUGUGAGAGGAAGCGAGUAAACCAACAGUUUUUUUCAUCGUGGUGACUGAAAAGAUGAGGAAGAAAAGUAACGAAUUGAAUGGAAAGAAUGAGACAGAGCAAAGGGGGGAAAGAGAACAUUGAAUUCCUCGAUUAUUUAAUCGCAAAAAAAAUCAAUCGAAAUUGGCGAGCGGCAAAAAAAUUAUCACUCCCUCACAUUUUUCUCUACGAUAAUUAAGAGGGUGCGUUUCUCCCGCCUCAAUAAUAACCGUUGUUAUGGGCUAGAGCUCAUGGAUAUUAAAAAUGAACCGAACUGGAAAGCAGCACUAAAAAAAUCAGUAAACUAAUUGUACAUACAUUUUUCGCUCGGUUUUUUUACGAGAGUCGUGAGCCUCAGAAAUAUUUCCAAAUGAAAUUGAAAUUCCCGCAAUUAUAUUGAAAAACGAAGAAAAAAAGUGGUAUUCGUUUCAUUGGCGCGCGUCAAAUUCAAUGGGGAGAUUCCGGUCAACUUUUAUCGUGAGACAAUUACGAUUAAGAAAAAGCAGGAAGAAAAUAAACGAAGCGGAAUAUUUGGAUCGCAAUCUUUUUCUCGCUAUUUUUAUCUCUUUCGUGAUAAUUUAUCGAGCGAGGUUGCGAGAGUUGCGUGCACGGUGCUCGAGAUUGUUAAUAUUUUUUUAAUGUAAAUUUAAUGACAUUGGGACGAUCGAUAAAAAAGUUAUAAAAAAAGUAAGAAAAUUCGCGUUUCUAGUUUAAUUAGAAAAUUAAUAACAACAAAAUAGCGAACGAAAAGAAGCAAGCCCGGGACACGAUGGAUUUGGGUAAAAAAAAAACUCUCGCCAAAAAAGCACGGAAAAAUUUGGAGCUAGUAAAUUGAAAACGAAGCGAAAAAACGAAAUAUUAAAAUGGAAAUUACGAAAAUAAGGCAAAAAUACAUUAAUUUAUAUCUGUGAUAAUGUGAGAAUGACGAAACUUGUUCGUGGGUGCACGAUUUUCUCCGCUUCCCCCACUUCCCUCUAACCCCGAAACCUCGUCCUCCCCCUCCCUCGGUUCUCUGCCCCGUGCAUAAAACUCAUACCAUAAUUAUAAUUUGCGCAGCGAGCCGCAACUAUGUAUCGUUAAAAUGCGUGCGCAUCGAUUCGAUUAACCGUCUUUUGUACAUAUUUGGAUAAGUGGAGUGCAAAAGCAAACAAAAAAAAAAUGAAACGAGAGAGACAGACAGAGGGAAGAAAAAACUCGUUCGAAGUACUGAAAAGUUACAGGGGGAAAAGGGGUUGCGCGUCUUGAUAAUAUUAUAACUGCUACGUAUACUAAAAACAAUUGUGGACCUUGCCGCGAGCUACUGCUCCAUUAUUAUUGCUCCUAAUAAUAGUUGUAUGGAUAUUGACCGAACAGCAUUAAGCAUCGGGUCUCGAGAUAAAUCGACAAACGAAACGAGAGUGUGAGAGAGAACGAGAGAAACGAAUAAAAGUGUGAUUUGGCUGCCCUUCUACCCGAACAUCGGUGACAUUGUAAAUUUAUCAAUUGUAAAUAAUAUUCAAUGUGAAUAUA